AUGGAGCUGGCAGCCGGGAACCUCAGCGACGGGAACGCGAGCGGCCCCGAGCCCCCGGCCCCGGAGCCCAGGCCGCUGUUCGGCAUCGGCGUCGAGAACUUCAUCACACUGGUGCUGUUCGGCCUCAUCUUCGCGCUCGGAGUGCUGGGCAACAGCCUGGUGAUCACCGUGCUGGCGCGCAGCAAGCCGGGCAAGCCGCGCAGCACCACCAACCUGUUCAUCCUCAACCUGAGCAUCGCCGACCUGGCCUACCUGCUCUUCUGCAUCCCCUUCCAGGCCACGGUGUACGCGCUGCCCACCUGGGUGCUGGGCGCCUUCAUCUGCAAGUUCAUCCACUACUUCUUCACCAUCUCCAUGCUGGUCAGCAUCUUCACCCUGGCCGCGAUGUCCGUGGACCGCUACGUGGCCGUGGUGCACUCGCGGCGCGCCCCCUCCCUGCGGGCGUCCCGCAACGCGCUGCUGGGCGUGGGCCUCAUCUGGGCGCUGUCCAUCGCCAUGGCCUCGCCCGUGGCCUACCACCAGCGCCUCUUCCGCUGGGGGGUCAGCAACCAGACCUUCUGCUGGGAGCAGUGGCGCGACCAGCGCCACAAGAAGGCCUACGUGCUGUGCACCUUCGUCUUCGGCUACCUGCUGCCGCUUCUGCUCAUUUGCUUCUGCUACGCCAAGGUCCUUAAUCAUUUGCAUAAAAAGUUGAAGAACAUGUCAAAGAAGUCAGAAGCAUCGAAGAAAAAGACUGCACAGACAGUUCUGGUGGUGGUUGUGGUCUUUGGGAUCUCCUGGUUGCCACACCACGUCAUCAAUCUCUGGGCCGAGUUUGGGGUCUUCCCGCUGACCCCUGCCUCCUUUCUCUUCAGGAUCGCCGCCCACUGUCUGGCCUAUAGUAAUUCCUCGGUGAACCCUAUCAUAUAUGCUUUUCUCUCUGAAAAUUUUAGGAAGGCCUAUAAACAAGUGUUCAAGUGCCACGUGCGCAAUGAGUCACCUCUUAAUGAUAUGAAAGAAAAUAAAAGUCGAAUAGACACCCCGCCGUCCACCAAUUGCACUCACGUGUGA